AUGGCGCCCCCUCGCCCCAACCCUCGCGAUCCUUUUGGCAAUGAUUAUGACGAAUCUCAAUCUACCUUCGACUGGGAUAAAGAUGAUCAUCAUCGAGAGCGUUCCAAUGUUGACAUCAGCAACAAGAUGUCGCAUAAGCUCAACCACCUGGAUAGGCUGACAGGAUCACACUACAGGCCAAUUGAUUCAUUCGUCAGCGCCACCCAUAGGCUCCAUAUCACGAAGACAAACCGGAAGCACCCAAGCAACCACAAAUUGUGGAAGGAUGCCGUGUCGACUGACAAGCUCGAUUACAACUGGGGCAUAUGGCUUGUGCUGCGGGCCAUCUACUACGAUACUGUCGAUUCACAGGAUAGGCGACAGUCAUUCAGGAAUGGGGUUGCGGCGACAAAGAUUGCAGAGCGGUACAAAGGGACUGAUAUCUUCAAUGAUACUUCGCCCACUCCCUGGGUACCUCGACCCGAGAAAUGGUCUAGUGUUACUGGCCAUGACUCUGCGACCCCUGAGCCACAGCAACCUCAAGCAAUGACCCAGUCGUCUCGUAUCACCACUCCCCAGUCGUCGUCGCGUGCCACUUUCCACAAUCGUCCUCUCAAUCGGUUCCCUCCGAUCAACCGGCAAACGCGUAUUACCAACGCCCCUCAACAAACCCAGUCAGGUGGUUCAUCUGCUAAGACCGACCCAUUUGCCCCUGAUCCAGUAGACCAGCCAGCUGGUAUAUCUCCUAUCGCCAACCUUUCUACCUCAUGGCCUACAGGGGGUGGGUCUACCAAUGUUGACAAUCGACAACGACAUUUCGCCCAACCUGCUGCCAACUCUCUUGAUCACUCGGGGUCGACAAUCGGUAAUGCCCAACCGUACCCUGGUGGACUCCCUCCGCUUCACGCUUAUAGCCAGGGCGUAAAUCAAGUACCUAGUAUUGGGGCUCAACAGUUUAGUGUUUCCCGCCCAUGCCCCCCGUCGCGAUCUGAACACUAUGAAUCUGAGCAGAAGUUUCCAGCAGCUACCACCCAUAAUCACCACGACAGGACUAUCUUGCCCCCUCAGAUUACCAGUAGCUACCGCGCCCCCGCCGAAACUCAUCGAGAUUCUCUACAGUCUGGGCCAUCUUCAUUCAGCAGUCGUCGUUACGAACGAAGCCACCCUCAAGGUGCACAAAGCUCAAUUGGCGACAAGACUCAGAAUGAACAGCCAUCCUCUCAUGUGAACAUCACUAAGCUAGGACAGACUACUCGCAUCCCACAUGGGGCGCCUGGUCAUAUUCCAUCUACAGUCAUUCCACAAGGUUCUAGUUCCCAGACCGGCACGUUGAUCGGCAGUGAGGUCAUUGCCCCUCUCAUCGAACGCAUCAAGGACGAAAUGAAGCCGUGGAUCACCAAAGAAAUACAGUCGGGAAUUCAAACAGCCAGAAUAGCCGACUUGAAGCGAAAAUUGGAAGCCUUCGAGCAGGAUGAGUAG